UACGUAACUCUAGGUCAGUGUCGUGUCGCGGAUAAGAUUGGUCGCACGUCAAUCGCGACCACUGAAUUUCCUCCCACUGUACUUACAACCAGUAACAACGUCGCAACUAAUGGAUGUCAUAGUAAUAGGAUGCGGUGCCUCCGGGAUAGCGGCACUGCGUCGACUGCACGACGCUGGCCUUAAGUCAACCACGCUGGCCAAGUGUCAUGGGGAGAAAGAUAACGUAGUUUUCGAGCUGGUCAAUCCAUUAGGUCUACUGGGAAGACCUAAACCGGACCACAAAUGGUACAUCCUGUCUAACGGGGAGAUGGUAGAUGAUGACAAAAGUGAAGCUUUGGUCGAUGCUUUGAACCAAGAAGUCGGUAAAGCCGACAAGAACAGCAAGAAGUCUAUAGCUGAAUGCGUUCGUACUGCGCUAAAGUCGAAUGCAACAUUAAAGAAAGAACCUCAACUAGCCAAAUCCUUCUUAGAUUGGUUUGAGAAGAACAACCAUUUGGGCGGACAAGCUGACCCAAGACAUGGAAAGUCUCUAAAAGGUCUGGAGGAGUGCUGGGGCUGCGAAGGAGAGUUCAUGUUAAACUGGAAGGGAAAAGGCUUUAAAACCCUAUUGGAUGUUUUAUUGAAUAAAUAUCCAGAUCCCACCAAAGCAAUUCCUGUGGAGAUACUAGUGAACAAAGAGGUGGAGAGUAUUAAAUGGCGGACUGCCCAGCCGGGACUAGAACCUGAAAAUCCUUUGGUGCACGUCAAAUGUAAAGACGGAAGCCUUUAUGCUGCUAAGAGUGUCAUCGUUACUCUAUCUGUCGGAGUGUUAAAGGAAAGACACACCCAACUCUUCAAUCCGCCACUACCUGCUGAAAAGGUCACAGCUAUCAACACUCUUCAACUCUGUGUUUUAGACAAGAUUUACAUAGAGUUCACUAAACCUUGGUGGCCGAAGACUCCAGCUAGCUUAUCCCUUCUCUGGCGGGAUGAGGAUAAGAGAAACUUCGCUAACGAGGACUGGGUCACAGAAAUCUGCGCACUCAACACUGUAGAAUACCAGCCAAAUCUACUCCUGGCAUGGAUAUACGGCCGUGGAGCUCAGGAAAUGGAGAAACGUAGUGAAGAUGAAGUGAAGGCAGGAGUUACUAAGCUGAUGGGGAUAUUCAAGAAGCAGUUUGAUGUGACUCCGAUUAAAGCGAUAAAAAGGUCGCAAUGGGCGUCCAAUCCGCUAGCCCGUGGUGCGUAUUCCUACCGCAGUGUCGCCACUGAGGAGGAGGGCCACAGACAUUCAGCUGUGCACGGCGCAGUUGAAGCCGGGUUUAGAGAAGCUGACAGAUUGGCAGCUAUUUUGAAAAAGAAAUGAACGCUGUUCUAAAUUCAAACUUUAUAACGAAUGCAUAGGUGACACUUGUCUUUGUUUUUCCCAAAGUGAAUGAGAGGGAUGACAAUAUCAUUUCAUACUACACAGUACUACUACACCCGCAGUAGAACUUGCGAAGAUAGUAAGAACAGAUAGACCUGGCCGGGGAGUAAAGCAGAUUUUUAUCGCAAAAAAAUGAACUUUAACCAAUUGAAAUAAGGUUUAAUUUUACUUUACACUUAUUUUCAUAUCAAUAGCAAGCAAAA